AUGGUAAAGUGCAUGCCCUACGCACCAGAAAAUAUUGGAUUAGCAACAUUAACAAACGAAGCUGUCCUAUUCGAUUCCCAUCAUAUCAAUAUUAAUGAUAAUACAAAUGAAAGUGCAAUUAGUGGAAGAUUAAUAAAUCAUGAUUAUACAACUUUUCACUACCGUACUGCAGCUGCUGAACUCGUUUGUACAACUAUUUAUUUUACUUUAUACUUUAGUAUUAUAAUUACAUGUAAAAGAUUGAAUAUAGAUGGUAAUUCUUCGUUAUUAAUUGUAUGUUAUAGUGGAGGUUUAUUAGUAGCUGCGUUUAUCUAUUUAUUUGGUAAUAUAAGCGGCGGUUAUUUUUCUGUUUCAGUAUCAUUUGUCACAGUUAUGAUUGGAAAACAUUCAAUACGAACAUUCUUAUUAUAUAUUGUAGCACAAUUAGUGGGAUCUAUUCUGGCUGUGUGCAUCAUUUGUAUUUUAUUUCCACAUCCACAAAGUAAUGGUUAUUAUACAUCGUUGCUAAUAAUUCCUAAUCAUGGCAUUGGUGCAAGCAGAGUUAUAGCUAUGGAAUUAUUUUUAAGUUUUGUUGCUUGUUACGCAUUUUUGACCAUCAGUAACUGGCAUGCCAGUUUAGGACCCCUUGUUACAGGAUUUCUAGUUUCUACCUUAAUAUUUAUUGGUUCAACAACUGGCGGAGGCUGCAUUAAUUUAGCACGUUUAUUUGGUCCCGCUUUAUUUGCUAAUAUUUGGACAAAGCAAUAUUUAUACUGGAUUGGAACUUGGUUAGGUAGUACAGCUGCUGGAUUUUUCACUGGUUAUGUUCAUCAAAAAAUGGACACAAUAAAAUGGACGGAUGUUUGUUUGGAAAUAAACCCUGUUCCAACUCAUCAAAGAAAAUUUCGUCAUCGUUAUACAUGGAGAAAUCACUUCACCAUAGAACAUUGUUUUGUUCUGUAG